AUGUCCCUUCCUGACUCAAAUCCACCACCCAACUCAAACCCGCCACCCGACUUAAACGCACCUCCCGACUCAACUGCACCUCCCGACGCACCUCCCGACGCAAACGCGCCUCCCGAGAUCGACGCCCGUCUCACUGACGAGGUCAAGCGAUAUCUCGAGACAUGGCGGACGGAGUGGGGCAUAUUGGCAGGAGGUGCUGACGCUGGCAUCCGACGUCAAAAUCUCAAUGACUUGGCGUGGAAGCUCGCCCGGUAUCUCAUCCGGCAGUUUCCUUAUACCCGCGGCGGUUUGACGGACUACGAGGAUCCGAUGAAGCUCACCUGGCAACACUUUGAUCCCAACGGGUCGAUGGCGGAUCCGGAUCCGGAGGAGCUGAAGGCACUUCCGAAGUGGAACCAGGUUCCGUUCGAGCAUUGGACGCCAUUCCGAUGCUUCCUCACCAAAGAGAAGGCGAUGAUCAUCAAUGCGAUGCCGGAGUGGUGGGUACAGUAUAAGGAAGAGAAGGUGCAGAAGGGUGAGGAGCUAAGUGCAGAUGACCUUCGUCCAUGCCCAGAGGAUGGCAAAGAUGGGAGAUGGCUUGGACACCUCAGCCGGACGCGUGCUAACAUGUGGUUCUACAUGACUGCAGAGGCCAAGGAGGAGUAUAUUACUCUUGCGGAUCAAUGGAACCAGAAGGGAGCUCCCAAAUGGGUUCAGAAGCGUGUGGCACAAAAGAGGAUGUCCGACUAUUUACACCGCCACUACCUGUAUUGCCUUCGUCAGUUUGGUGCAGAGUCUGUGACCUGGAUUGGGUGGAUAGGAAAGGAUGGUAACCCUAGGGUGGCUCAUUCAGUACCAAUGAAAAACCCAAGUACUGGCAGUGUUUAUAGCGGUGACCCAAAUAUGUUCCAUCUUCGCCAUCCGGUAUACUUUGACAUGGAUAAGGCCUCCGGUCUGAAGGACGAAGUGCCUUGGCCAAAGCAGUUCUCCUACCAUAUAGAUCGACGAUUCCUUGUUAAGAGCGAAUGUCCAGCUGAUCAUCCGACUCCCGUGGCAACACGUAAAGCAAAGCGAGCGUCCGACCGGAUACAACUUGACCUACGCAAUAGCGGAUAUCCUCUGCUCCCCGAUGAUUGUCUGUCCAAGGGCCACGAUGCUACCAAAGAACUUGCACGUGCCUUCCUUGAGGUUGUUUACCACUUUGACACUGGAACAACCAAGCCCGUCCCUUGGAAAAGCCUGAGCCCAGCUGUCCGGCUAGAUGGAUCGUUCGAGGACUUGCCCUACGACCUCAAAGAGCCACUUCCAUCCGGCGUCACACUUCGUGAUCCCAGCAAGAUGACACUCCCUGAGCUGAGGUCACUUCUUGCGCAGUGGAGCCGGAUCCUCGAUGACGACAAUGAGCCAAUCCAUUUCCUUGCCCUCUGCAACCCGUCCGACCAGUGUCGCCGCCGCCGCCGUCGUCAACAGGCUGCUUCUGAUGGUUCAGCUUCUGUCACUCCAGUAACUUCCAGUGCCCAGACCAUUGGGGUCGAGCCUGCAUCCAGUGCCGGUUCAUCGACUGCUGUCGAGCUAUCCCCAACUGUGGCGACUGCAGCAGAACCACCCUUGGGACAUUUGCCUCCUGCUCUCGUCCCAUUGCCUGCAAUGGACUUUACUGGGCCUAUGUCCACUAGUGCUGCAAUUCCAGCAGAUCCCUCACAAUCGCCAACUGAACUCCCUCAAUCCAACACUUCUGCCCUGUCAGCUGCUUCCCCUCCGGCAGAACCCAGCAACCACACUCCGUCCGACGUAGAAAUUCCUGUUCCCACAGAAGCCAGACCUGUGCCCUUAACUUCUCCUGUCCCGACAGGGUCCGUUGGUGACGUUGAAUCUGAUCAACGCACAGGCGUGUUGCCGGACCAUCCGACGCUCCCUCCGACUCUGUCUGAGUGCGCGUCAGGUGUGCCGUCAAUCGACACAUCAGAGGAUGAGCACGCUCUGGCUGCUGGGCCAUUAUCUGACGACGGGUGCAACAAUAGAGCAUCCGGUGGAGACCACUCCCCUCUGCAACCUCCGUCGUCGUCGCCAGCUGCCCAGUGGUUGUCCAGUGUUAUAUCCGGGUCGGGGGAGGCUCCAUCCGAGCAGUUGUCGGCUACCAAGAAGCGGGACAGGACCCUCACAAUAUCGGACAGGGCGUCUACAAAUUCCUGUGGAGAUACAGGCCAAAGGAAAAGCGCCAGAUUGAAUCCACCGGAUCCGGUUGCCACGGAAAAGGGACCUAGACAGAGUCUACGCCUGAAUCCAACCCAAUCCAGUAAACGAUAA